CUGGAGACUAUGGCUUCACUCUGACCUUCGCCUCUGCAGCCACCUGCUCGCUGCCCCCGGCCCCCUCUGGCCCCUUGAGGCCCCCCAGCUUCUGCCUGUGCUGUGAUCCCCCCAGCCGCCGGCACGGCCCCGCCUCCGCUGCCCCGGUGGUGGCCCACGGCCCCCCGGUUGCCAGUGGUGAAACUGGAGUCAUUGAAACGCUGGAAUGAAGAGAGGGGUUUGUGGUGUGAAAAGGGCGUUCAGGUACUACUGACCACCAUCGGCGCCUUCGCGGCUUUUGGCCUCAUGACCAUCGCCAUCAGCACUGACUACUGGCUCUACACAAGAGCUCUCAUCUGCAACACCACCAACCUCACAGCAGGUGAUGACGGACCACCCCAUCGUGGGGGCAGUGGCUCCUCCGAGAAGAAGGACCCUGGGGGCCUCACACAUUCAGGCCUCUGGCGGAUAUGCUGCCUGGAAGGGUUGAAAAGAGGUGUCUGCGUGAAGAUCAACCACUUCCCGGAGGACACGGACUACGACCACGACAGCGCGGAGUACCUGCUCCGAGUAGUCCGGGCUUCCAGCAUCUUUCCUAUCCUGAGCGCCAUCCUGCUGCUGCUCGGGGGCGUGUGCGUAGCUGCCUCCCGCGUCUACAAGUCCAAAAGGAACAUCAUCCUGGGCGCAGGGAUCCUGUUCGUGGCAGCAGGCUUGAGCAACAUCAUCGGGGUGAUUGUGUACAUAUCGGCCAACGCCGGCGAGCCUGGCCCCAAGAGGGACGAGGAGAAGAAAAACCACUACUCGUACGGCUGGUCCUUCUACUUCGGCGGGCUGUCCUUCAUCCUGGCUGAGGUGAUCGGAGUACUGGCCGUCAACAUCUACAUCGAGCGCAGCCGCGAGGCACACUGCCAAUCACGCUCGGACCUGCUCAAGGCCGGCGGCGGCGCGGGCGGCAGUGGCGGGAGCGGCCCCUCGGCCAUCCUCCGUCUGCCCAGUUACCGCUUCCGCUACCGCCGCCGCUCCCGCUCCAGCUCCCGAGGCUCCAGCGAGGCGUCGCCAUCCCGGGAUGCGUCUCCCGGCGGCCCCGGGGGCCCGGGCUUCGCCUCCACGGACAUCUCCAUGUACACGCUCAGCCGCGACCCGUCCAAGGGCAGCGUGGCUGCGGGGCUGGCGAGCGCCGGUGGCGGCGGCAGCGGUGCCGGCGUGGGUGCCUACGGCGGGGCGGCCGGGGCGGCGGGGGGCGGCGGGGCGGGCUCGGAGCGGGACCGCGGGAGCUCGGCGGGUUUUCUCACGCUGCACAACGCCUUCCCCAAGGAAGCGGCGUCCGGCGUCACGGUCACAGUCACCGGACCGCCCGCUGCACCCGCGCCCGCGCCCGCGCCGCCCGCUCCUGCAGCGCCCGCGCCCGGGACCCUGUCCAAAGAGGCCGCGGCGUCCAACACCAACACGCUCAACAGGAAAACCACGCCCGUGUAGGGGCGUGCGCCCUCGCGGGGGAGCCGGGGGGCGUGUCCGGGGCGCGUGCGCGGGCGCGCGUGCAACGAGGCCGCCGGAUCAGGGUGCCCCCCAGGUCUAUCCCCGCGAGCGCGCUGGACACCGCUGGGCCUUCUAGCCCCUCUCCGCACCCUCUACCCGCCCCUGGGGGCGUGGGGAACCCCGUCACGCUCCGAAACAGGGACCCUUGGGGAGGGGGACGGGACGGGAAAGGGGUUCCAGCGUGGGAGCGCUGUGUUUUAUUUUUGUGUUGGGAAGAUUUCAGGGGAGGGAGGGAGGGCCCGUGGUGUUUUUUGCAGUUUUGAGAUGUUUUCUUUUUAAAUGUUUUGCUGUGUGCAUGUGGAGGCGGGGCGGGGGGAGGGGAGGGAGGGACUCCCAGCCCAGCCCAGCCCAGCCCAGCCCAACUCCUGGAGAGGGGCACAUAACACAUGAAUAUAGGGUUACAUCUACAACUAUAUAUACACAUGUUCUGUAUAAAGAGACCAGCAGAAGGCAAAGGCCAAGGGAGAGACGCGCUCACAUUUAGUUCACUUUUUCAUCUUUCAACAAGGGCUUAUUAAGCACCUACUGUGUACCAGGUGAUGGUACAGAAGGUGGUGCUAGAGAGGAGGGGACAUAAACGCAAGGCGCAUCCGUUCAUUCA